CUUCUCUGUGUGGCCUACAGAUAGGCAGAGCAAGAAUCUUAUCUGUGCAAGUUGUUGUGUCUCCAGUAUGACCACGUGUUGUUUGACAAUAGUCUGAACCCACUGCACAACUGUUUGACUGGAAAGUUUUAAUAGGUUUGCCUCUGUUUGCUGUGUUUUUUGACAACUAUCCAACUGGGGAUUUCUCUUCUUCUUGUUGGUUAUUUCCGUUCUCUGAACUGAGUGACUGCUCGCAUUGGUGCCAACAGAACUGAAAAUGGAGCCCUUCUCUGACCAAUUUAUGGAGUUCCACCCCAUCCAUGGGACCAAUGUCAGACUGGACUACUCGGGAACUCAGGCCACGCGGGUGGAAAGCUUUGCAAAUGGAGUGUGUUUCAGCAAACAACCUCUGAAGCCCGGGGAGAUUUUUCUCAUAGAGAUCGAGGAUAAGGAGCUGGGCUGGUGUGGCCACCUCCGGGUUGGUCUCACUGCCAGGAACCCCGGGAACUUAGAAGUGGUACCUGAAUACUCUAUCCCAGAUUUGACAGAUUUAGGAGACAGCUGGAUUUUUGCAAUCACUCGCAACCACAACAAGAUCAUAGAAGGUGCUGGAGUAGAGGUUCAAGAGGCUGGAGAUGGAGGGCUAGCUUGGGGCCAGAGACUCGGACGAGGGGGGGUUGAAGAUAUAGCUGGAGGUGGAAAUGAAGGAGGAGGCAACAACAAGCCAAAGACUUUCUUUACUGAUACUCACUUGUAUAUUGACAAUGUUCGGAUCCCCAGAGAUAAGCUGGUUGGUCGCAGCAGGCCUGGACGCUACAGCCACAUUUUGGACGACUUGUAUAAGACCAAUGCCCUGCCACCCACAGCCAGACGGAGCCGGAUAGGAGUUCUGUAUGUGUCCAAAGGGCGAGACCUGGCUGAUAUGCACAUUGUCAUCAAUGGUGAGGACAUGGGAGCGUCUGCAAAAGGGAUCCCUGCCAUCGAGCCACUGUAUGCUGUGGUGGACAUCUUUGCUGCUACUAAGUCUGUCCGCAUUGUCCAGGUGGAGUAUGGAUUCUCAUCCUUGCAGACAUUGUGUAGAAAGGCCAUCCAGAAGCACAUUGUCCACAGGAUGGCCAUUGACUGGCUGGAGCUACCCGAGGCACUAAAGCACUACUGCAAGUAUGAAUGAAGGAUACAGAUCUGCAAUGGACAGAAUUAUCUUUCAUGAGCUCUCUCCCAGUUUCUACCAAAGAUCUUUAUUUUCACAAUGUAGCUUGAUGUUUCAUCUAUAAAAUAAAGCUAACAGGGCAAUACUCUUGAUCCCUGUCAGAAAAACACAAUGCUGACAAUCAUUGGUAUGAGAUGACAGCUAAUAAAUAAAUUCAAAGUA